CAGGUGAUUUUUCGUCUGACUCCCAGAACGCAGAAACCAUGUGGAUCUCUAACGGCCAGCGCGAGUUCACCGGACCAAAAGGAACUAAACUGGAUACCUAUGGACGUGAUGAAAUGAGACAGAUCAUCUUCUGAAUUGUUUUUUUGUUUUUUUCCUCAAGACUGUUUCGUGUUGAAAUUAAGUUAUCAUUUCCUUUAUCAUAAUAAGCUUGCCGUCAUGGUCGCGCGUCAGAACUCCUUCCUCGUCGGACAGUCGCGUGGACCAUCAGUACUGUAGUGACCAGGUGUUCCACUGCGCGCGCCAGCCUGAACUUUGUUGCGAACUCCUCGGUACCGGACGAGUGCGCGCGUUUGGGGGGGGAUUAGCAAUCUGUUUCUCGGCUGGCAUAAUUGGAUAAUCACGAACCACAGCGCUAAGAGGAAUAUUAAUUUUUAGUUAGUUAAAACGACUCACCUGAGAAAUACGAGAAUGGAUAACACAUUAUAUUGCCUGGCACUGUACAUGCUGUUUAUGACCCUCGGGUUCAGGAUUGACGGGGGACUGUGCCAACACUACUACCUCUUGCGUCCUAUUCCCAGCAAGACGUUGCCCGUACCGGACCUACCGGAGGAUCCUGACCCCGUGCUGGACCCGAAGGAGCGGGACCUCAAUGAGACUGAGCUCCGGAGCAUACUGGGCAGCCACUUCGACUCGCAGUUCAUGUCCAUAUCGCCCCCGGAUGAGAAAUACGCCGGCAGCGACGAGGGCAACGAGUCGGAGCUACGGAGGCCCAGCGGGAGCAUGCCUAAAGAGAUCAAGUCCCUGGAGUUCGAGAUCCAGCACGGAAAGAAACACAAGCCGAGCAAGAAGCUUCGACGGCGGCUGCAGCUCUGGCUGUGGUCGUAUGCCUCCUGUCCGGUGGUUUACGCGUGGAAGGAACUGAGCAACCGGUUCUGGCCUCGCCACGUGAAAAUCGGGACGUGUUACAAUAAGAGGUCGUGCUCUGUCCCGGAGGGGAUGGAGUGCCAACCGGCCAAGUCGGCCCACUUAACCCUUCUGAGGUGGCGGUGCCAGCAGCAGCAACGGAAGGGACCACUCAAGUGCACGUGGAUCCCCAUUCAGUACCCCAUUAUAACGGAGUGCAAGUGCUCAUGCCCGAACUGAAAUAAGCUACGGUUCUUUUCACAUGCACUGCCCAGUGUAGGAAUGUAUAUUUUCUGUAUAUGUUGUGUAUGUUUAUGUCUUAACUUGUACAAAGGUCAGUAUUAUAUAUGUAGGCUAUACAUUCAGCGUCUACUGUAUUUUUUGAACAUACAUUGUGAUAUACCUUUAUAUUUAUAUUUAGGAUAUUUUCGCUUUGCGAAGAACUAAAAUAUGUUUGUUAAAGGAAUUAACAGUUUUUUCCAUUCUUCGGAAAAAGACCUGUACACCUUAUAUGGCAAUUAUAUAUUACCGUGUGAUUCAGCAGCCUGGUUUGCUGUCCGCACGAAGAGGAAAAUGAUUAUUCUAAACUUGUAAAUUAAGAGUAAC